GUGACCAUGACAGCAAAUCGAUACAUCAGAGACAUUUUAGAAGAACAUGUUGUACCAUUUGCCCCAUUUAUUGGUGACGACUUUAUUCUAAUGCAAGAUAAUGCUCGUGGUCAUAGUGCACAAUCGGUACAGGCAUAUCUGAGCCACGUAGGUAUACCGGUGAUGCAGUGGCCAGCAAAUUCCCCCGAUAUGAAUCCGAUAGAGCAUGUCUGGGACUUGAUAAAAAGAAGGGUUAAAUCUAGAAUGCCACCCCCCAACAAUCUGAAUGAACUUGGAAACGCAUUACUUUAGGAGUGGGAGCGGUUGCCUCAAGAAAUCAUCGAUAACAUAAUAUGUAGCAUGCCCAGACUAAUGGAAACCGUAAUCAGAGCAAGAGGGAGAAACACUCGUUAUUAAUUUUGCUUUAAUUUUAUUGUUAAGUCAUUUAAUGCUUACUUUUUUUAUUUUUUGUGAUGGUUCAUAAUCAUCUAAAAAUUUCACUUAUUUCAAAUUUUUUUAUUUUUCAAUAAAAAAUAACGAAGACUUUUCAAAGUCGUUGUUAAAAGAUGUUAAUCAAUUUGUUAUUUUGUGUCUAAUUACAUUUUCGUCAAAUAUAUGCGUUAUUAUCUCAUAGUCUCACUUUUUUUCUGUUCCGCUAAUUGUGCCGGUGUGCAUAUAUAUAUAUACAGCUAAUCCUACAUAAGGCAGGAAAAGCCUACAUUCAGAUGUGGACUGUUUACAAAUUGUUGAUAACGGUAAACCUUUGAUAAGAUAUUUUUAUAGUUAAUGAUUAUAAAAAUAUAUUUUGACAAUAUUUGAAAAAUUACAAAAUACAGUAAGAGUUUACUUGAAAAAGUAUACUUAAUAGCUGUACUUUCCCGCCUAAAGCACCUACUCAAAGAAACUAAAUUAAAUAGAUAAUUAGAAUUUUCAAAAGAACGGUCUUCUAAGCAUUUCAGCGUGAUUUAAUUAUAUUCAUAGCAAUAGAUACGUACUGUUCCAAAAUUGUGUUGACGUAACGAUUAUAACUUAUCUGUUUUAAAUUGAUAGUAGAUAGAUUUUUAAUAUCUUAAACAGCUAUCUGUUGAUUACAUUUCAUUAUUUUGCAAGAAAUAUGAAAUAUAUAAUAUUUAUCAAAGUCUUUUCGACGUUCGCGCGUGUAGCGCAUCAUACAUACAUUUGUAUUCAAUGGUGACCUCUUAAUGGAUUACUAUCAUAUGGAAUUUUAUAUUAUUUUAAAAUAUUUUGUUUAAUAUAUGACUUUAAAAACGUUUUAGGAAUCCCAAAAUGAUGUAUCGAAAGAUGUUGACAAAGGAGGUCAAUGGAAUAAGGGAUUCAAUGCGUCCACUGAGAAUGUAACUACUGUACCGCAGUCUAAAAAAGAUAUUGAAUCGGCAGGAGUAACGGUACGGGAUAUGCACAAGCUUUGAGUGCCGGGUACGUGCUGUCUUACUACGUAUCCAUUAUAGCAUUAUGUUUCUUUUACUUGGCAAUGAGUUUCCAAUCUCCGUUGCCUUGGGCUCUUUGUAAACCAGAAUGGGAUAACUGCGUGCCUUCAGGAGAAGCUGUAAAUAUGAGUUCGAUGCAAGGUGACCCGGUUAGCAGUGCAGAGCUAUACUUCACACGUACUGUUCUUCGACAAUCAAUUGGAAUCGAUGAUGGAAUCGGUGCUCCUUUAUGGGACCUCACACUAUGUUUGCUGGCAUCUUGGAUAAUCAUAUUCUUUAUCGUCGCUCGAGGUGUAAAGAGCUCUGGCAAAGCUGCAUACUUCCUUGCUUUAUUUCCAUACGUAGUUUUGUUCAUAUUGCUCAUCCGUGCUGUCACUCUGCCUGGGGCCGGUAAUGGAAUACUGUUUUUUAUAACGCCAGAGUGGCAGAAAAUUUUAGAAAUUAAAGUAUGGUACGCGGCAGUCACACAAGUGUUUUUUUCUUUAUCAGUGUGUUCAGGGGCCCUCAUUAUGUUUUCAUCAUACAAUGACUUUAAACAAAACGUUUACAGGGAUUCUAUGAUCGUAACUACACUGGAUACCUUUACAAGUCUUAUAUCUGGCAUUACAAUUUUCGGAGUUUUAGGAAACCUAGCUUACGAGCUUAAUUACGACGAUGUUAGCAAGGUUAUUGGUACCGGCGGUACAAGCCUUGCAUUCAUAUCCUAUCCGGACGCCAUCGCUAAAUCACCUGCAGUUCCGCAGCUAUUCGCUGUCCUCUUUUUCUUAAUGAUGGCUGUGUUGGGCGUGGGAUCCGGCGUCGCACUGCUAUCGACUAUUAAUACGGUGCUCCUCGAUGCCUUUCCCCGCAUUCCCACUGUGUAUAUGUCCGCUAUGGGGUGUACAGUCGGCUUCUUGUUAGGCCUCGUCUACGUUACUCCGGGUGGUCAAUAUAUAUUAGAAUUAGUUGACUAUUACGGUGGAACAUUCAUGAGACUGUUUGCAGCUAUCGUCGAAACCAUUGGUGUGAUUUGGAUUUACGGUCUCGAAAAUUUGUGCUUAGAUAUAGAAUUUAUGUUGGGAUUGAAAACAUCAUUCUACUGGCGUAUUUGCUGGGGUAUCAUAACACCUUUUAUGAUGAUCGCAGUGUUCUUUUACGCUCUAGUAACAACUGAAGCACUUAUGUUCGGUGGGACCUAUCCGUAUCCUAGAGAGGCUUAUAUUGCUGGGAGCGCUUUACAGUACAUAGGAAUAGCACUGAUACCAAUAUUUAUUAUUCAGGCUCUAUGGAAAUACAGAUCUAAAAACUUUGUUGAGACCGUGAAAAGAGCUUUUGGUAAGAAGGCCACUUACGGACCCCGUAUGCCACAAUUGCGAGAAGAAUGGAAGCAAUUCCGUCGCGACGCAAAAUACGAGCAGGAACUUAAGCGUAAAAACUGGUUCCAUCACAUCGCACUAUCUCUAUUUGGCGGAUACAGGAGUAGAAACCCGUGAAUUAUAUAAAUAUAUAAAAUAAUCUCGUUAUUAAAUCAGUUAAUGUUAU